AUGGCGGCUGCGGCAGUCAGUGCUGGUAAAGGAGAUUCUGGUGACUCUGUGAGAGUGGUUACUGAUAUUGCAGUAUGUAUUGCACAGACCAGCGAUGCGAAGAAAUUGGAUGUGACUGAGUUUUGGACUUCAGAGAGGGAGAUUUUGGGCACGAUGGAUGUUGUUGCUUUGGUGAAGUGCUUUAUUCUGGAGUGGAGCACUGAUUUUGACUAUCAGAUGUACCAUGAUCUGCCAUUGACGAUGGAGUUUGCUUAG